GUAAGUUUACAAAACGUGAACAAGUCGAUAAAAAAUCAGCGCCAUCUUUACGUACAAAUAUAUAAUAAGUUGUGAUCUUUUGUGUCUUUUUUUAUUUCUUCGAAGUUUUGAAGUGUGAAAUAAUUGUUGUUAACCAUAAAAAUGUCUUCCACUGGUAAAACACCUAGAAGCUCCUGGCGAAAAUAUUUUGUAAUAAAGAAGGAUAAUGCCACCGCAAAAUGUAAAUACUGUCCAAAAGAGUUAAAAACAUGUAGUAAUACUACAAACUUGAAACAGCACAUUGAAAGGAAACAUUCUGAUAUCUUACAAGCUGACGAGAAUUCACAUGAAGUUGAUAUUCAGGAUACUACAAAGUUGGGGCAUAAUAAUUCAUUGGUGCAAUCUUCAGCGACAGAAAGUGAGGCUUUAUCUUCAACACCAAAACGAGCUAGAUCAGACAUCGGAGCGGCUUUUUCAAAAAUUUCAGCAUAUGCUAAAGAUGGUGACAAAAAUAAACAAAUAACUCAAAGCAUCGCGGAAAUUAUAUGUCGAGACAGUCUUCCUUACAGUAUGGUAGAAGGAACAGGAUUUAAAAAAUUAAUGAAGACUGUGGCUCCUCUGUACAAGGUUCCAUGUCGUAAAACUAUUACAGAUCUUAUCGACACUAAAUAUGAAGAAAAGAAAACCCUUAUCAAAGAAAAAUUACGGUCUGUUAAAAACGUCUGUCUCACAAUAGAUGAAUGGAAAGAUAUGCAGUUAAGAAGUUUUAUAGAAAACUUUGAAAUGAAAUCAAUAAAUAUUGCGUGUGAACCGCUGCAUGAUAUUCAUACAGGGGAAUACUUAUCGGAAGUGAUUCUUAAGGUUUGUGAAGAUUGGGGUUUGUCUCAUGAAAAAAUUGUGCUGAAGAAUUGCGACAGAUGCAAAUGCAGCAGUGUUCCCGAAGGAAAAUUAAAGCAUUUGGUUGGAGACGUAUCUACAAGAUGGAACUCACAAUUAUUCAUGAUUGAACGUUUUGUGUUAAUGAGCAGUACAAUAGGAUCUAUUUUGAUAAACCAUCCGAAUGCACCCCAAAUGCUUCAAGCAAAUGAAAUUGUUGUGCUGAAAGAAAUUGGAAAAGUUUUAAAGCCUUUUCACAAUGUUACUGAAGAAAUGAGCGCCGAAAAAUAUGUGACAGCUAGCAAAGCCAUACCCAUUAUCAAGUGUUUAAGAACAUUGUUAGACGCAAUACCGAUAACCAGUGAUUUGGCAAACCAAUUAAAAUAUUCACUACAAACUGAAUUAAAUAAAAGAUUUGAAAAUAUCCAAAAAGUUCACCUUUUCUCGGUCGCAACGUUUUUGGAUCCUAGAUUCAAAAAAAUUCAUUUAGAUGAGCCAUUAUCUCUGUCAAAAACAAUUAAUUAUACCAAUCGAUGUUUGAGUAUAAAUACCAGAAAUGAUGAUACUCUAGCAGUGACCCAUUCUGAAUCAUCUCUUUCAUUAGAAGUGGCCAACGACGGACAAGAUAUAUGGCAGGUACACCAGCAAAAAAUAAUGGCUGCUCAUACGUCAAUGACCAAAAAUUCAGAAUUAGACUUAUAUAUUGCGGCACCAUUAUCAAAUCUUAAAAUGGACCCUCUCGAUUUAUGGAGAAGCUCUGAAGGAACUUUCCCAAGGUUAACUGCCUUGGCUCUGAAACACCUCUCAGUUAUGGCCACUUCUGCACCAGCUGAAAGGUUAUUUUCGAAAGCGGGAAACAUUGUCAGAAAAACUAGGAACCGCAUUUUAGGAAAGCGAUUGCCAAAAUUAUUAUUUUUAAACUCUUUGACUGAAGACUUAUGGCAAUAA